AUUGCUAUCAGUAGCAGUUAGAGAUUCCUCUUGAUUGUUUUUUACAUGUGAUCAGUGUGAUUUCCUCUGUCACGUUAAAACCGCUCGUUUUUCACUUAUAUUGCACUGAAAAAAAGGCGAUCGGCGUCCCGGGCAUUGCUAAACUACCUGGAUAUUAUAGCAGACACUGAAAGAUAUCAUCCUGGAGCCUCCGAGUCCUACGAGCCCCCCUGUCCAGGUUCUGGACCAGUGGGAAGUAUAUGAAGACAUAUCUGGAAGAAAAUUUUAUGUAAAUAUCAUUAGCAAGGAAAAAUCCUGGAAACCUCCAAGGUCAAUCCCACCGAAGACGGACAUCAAGGCACCACCUCAAGUUCCUGAAAAGAAGCCAUCGACUCUACAAAAUGAGGGUACUGUACAGAUGAGGAUCAAAAGUACCAAUUUACAGCACGAUCGACUGAGCCAGAGCAAAUCUAUGGUCCUUAUUGAUCCUGCAGAAGCAACCAAGCCGAUCUCACGUCAUCGAAGAAAUCACUCACAACACUAUGUGACUGACAACCUCCUUCAUAAAGUUUUUCUGGUAAACCAGAACAAAGAAGGGAUUUUGAAUAAAACCAAGAUAUCAGACAGAGGAAAGAAAUUAAGGAAAAAUUGGACUGCCACGUAUGCUGUGCUUUGCAAGGAGAGGUUGGAAUUCUACAAGGAUGCCAAAGAGCUGACAGCAAAUUUGAAAUCAGGUACAAAAUCAGAGUACAUAGAUUUGCAUGGGGCUCAGAUUGAGUGGACAAAUGAGAAGUCCAGUCGGAAAAAUGUGUUCCAGAUCACAACAGAAUCAGGAAAUGAGUUCCUUCUACAGUCAGAGGCAGACAUCACCGUACAGGAAUGGUUCUCCGUCAUCCGAAACACAAUUGACAGCUUGGGAACAGUGCAGCCAUUUUCCACACGGAGUGUUAAGUCUGCCAGCACGGAGGUCUUACACCAAGGGGCUGGACUGAAAGAAAAGAAAAGUGAGCAAAGGAAAUCGCUGGUAUUAAAAUUAAACUAUAGCGCUUCAGACUCAUCUGACAGAAACCGUGUAAAAGCCAGACUGAAGAAGUUCAUCAUUCGCCGUCCCUCUCUGAAAACUCUGCAGGAGAAAGGACUUAUUAAAGAUCAAGUCUUCGGCUGUCACCUUGAGACUCUCUGCAAGCGAGAGAAUGCUACAGUUCCUCACUUUGUACAGAUGUGCAUAGAAGCUGUGGAGAAAAGAGGUUUAGACGCAGAUGGUUUAUACAGAGUCAGCGGGAACCUGUCAACGAUACAGAAGUUGCGAUUUGUUGUGAAUCAGGAAGAGAAGCUGAAUUUGGACGACAGCCAGUGGGAGGACAUACACGUUGUCACUGGAGCACUCAAGAUGUUUUUCCGAGAGCUGCCGGAUCCUCUGUUCCCACAUAGCUUCUUUGAGCAGUUUGUGGAAGCAAUAAAAAUUCCAGAAAGUGGCCGGCAAAUUCAAACACUGAGGGAACUUGUGACCCAGCUGCCGCCAUGUAACCGGGACACGAUGAAAGCUCUUUUCGCACACCUCAGAAAGAUUGUCGUCAAUGCCUCUGUGAACCUCAUGUCAACACAGAGCUUGGGGAUUGUCUUUGGACCGACCCUUCUGAGACCCAAGAAUGAUUCAGGGAACAUGGUCGUCUGCAUGGUUUAUCACAAUCAAAUUGUAGAGAUGAUGUUAUUAGAAUUUGAUGCCAUCUUCUGUUAAUUAGAACUGAAUUGAGCACAAGCACAUUAGUCAAUACUUAGCACAAAAAAGAUCCAGUGCAUGGCAAGUCAACCUCAAAGUCCCAAUACAAGAUCUGAGAUAGAACCCAAUCAUUCAUAGUAGUUCUCAUAUGGGACCAAGGGACCUUUUGGUUCCCCUGUCGGCUCCAGGACUUGGGUGCAUAUGAUACCUUUGAAGUCACUAUAGUUAUGCUAUGUUAUAGUUACACCGCAAACCAAAUUUAGAGAUGGGAGCCUCAGUCUAUGAUCUCUCCACCCUGGAGGGCCGCUGGUACAUUUAAAGGGGGUUUCGAGGAGAAUAAUUAAAACAAAAUGGAGCAGAAUGGAAUAAAAAUAACAAAUAAUCAUUACUCACCUGACUGAUCCCCUGUGUUCUGCACUUCCUGCUCCCACUCAGCCUAUCAAUGGCCACAGUGGGGACCUGCCCCAACCAAUGAUUGGCCAACAUGGUAAUCCAAGCCUUUUCCUGUGUGUCAAGCUUGGAACAAGGAACUUGAGAUCUUUAUGGAUUACAGUAGCAAAGUGUGGACCAGUGAAGUAGUAUUUGUUAAUUUUAACCUAUUUUGCCUAAUGUUUUGAAACCCUUUAAACGUUCAUGGUGCCCCAUCUGAAUUGGUGUGGUGCAAAGCUUCAUUUUCACAGCAACAUUUUAGUGGAGAUGGUCAAUUAUCCCUGGGCUCUUCCUUGGUUAUAGGACCUGAUCACAGGGGUUUGAGCAGUAUGACUUUACUCUCUUUGUCAACUGCUUUAUCCUUGGGCUUGAGUAUAGACUAGCCGGUUUGUAGUAUGGAAAAUCAUGAUAUUUUUUCUUUCAUUUUUCUUAUUUUUUUGGCCAUAGAAAUAUAUUGUUGCCUUAGGUCCUAAGAUUCCUUAUACCCCAAAGCUCCCUACGUACAUUUGUUUGAAUUAAAUUAAAUGGAGGCCCCUAAACUGUGAAUGUCUUAGACAUUUGCAUUAUUAUUAUUAUUAUUAUUAAAAUUGUUUACUUACCGUCAAUAAAGCAAAAAGAUGAUACAUUCCUCCCAUAGAGUCAAACAAUAAAAAUGUUUUGCUUGCUGCCACCACCAGGGGGAGCUUAGGAGCUUACUGCAUACUAUGUUAUUCAUUUUAAUGUAUCAACACUAUGCAUUGCCCCUAAUAGUUGUUUCUGGCACCCAGAAAUAUGUCAUUAAACUCAAUCUAUACCAGGGAUUUGGAUCUGAAUCAGAAAAACUGAGUUUUGACCUCCAUAGAAAUACAUUUAAAAAAAAAUCAUCAGCACAGAAUUUUCAAUCUAUUUAGAUUACAAAAAUAUCUAAUGCACAAUAGUAGACAUUCAUUGUAAGACUUGACCAUGUUUUAGGCGGGUGCACAACUUUUUUGUUUCUGUAUAUACAGUAGGAAUUUUAUAGGCUCUGAUUUGUACUUUGUUUUAUACUAUACAUGAGAAGCUUUUUUAUGGAAUUGUGAAUGUCUGCAUGUACAGUAUGACAUGAAUGUAAUGAAGAUACCCGAGCACAGAAAUGAAUCAAUGUAUGAAACGUCUUUGGGUAU